AUGCGAAAUAAGUUGGAACCCAAAGCUGUUAAGUGUGUUUUUGUGGGGUAUGGGAGACAUCAAAAAGGGUAUAGAUGCUAUGAUCCUCAGACUCAGAAGGUGUAUACUACUAUGGAUUGUGAGUUUAUUGAGCAUGACUUCUACUACCACUAUCCUCGAUGUCAGGGGGAGAAGGAAGAUGACGAUCUUAGAUGGCUAAUUAGUCCAGUCUUGUCUAACUUAGACCCAAAAGAACAUGUGAGACACUUGGAAAAUGAAAGUGAACUUGAAAUUGUUAAUAAUAAUAAUGUUGAUUCUUUGGCUGAGAAUGAGAAUGAGAUUGCAGAGACAAAUAAUCAUGAAUGGCAGGAUAGUGAAAGAGCAUCAUAUACUCUACCACCUCGAACCACCCAAGAAGUCCCUCCAAAGAGGUAUGAUCCAGAUUACGAGGCUCAACGAUCGAGAUAUCUUGUGAGAACAUCAGAUAGAGAAAAUAUGUCACAGAGUGCCUUGGCGUUCAAUGCAGCAUUGUAUAGCACAAACUACCAGAUACUGUUGAAGAAGCUCUAG